AUGAACGACCGGGGUGAAGCAGCAAGUGCAGGGUAUCUUGCAGGGCAGGCCACAGAGCAGGAGGAGAGGAACAAGUGGGAAUGGAAGCAGACCAAGGCAGGAGCCGAGAGGAAAGCAGGAAAAGACAAGGAGAACCAGGUGGUGUUCCAAUCCUCUCACUUCUCAGGUAUCCGUACAGAUACACCGUACACCGUACGGAUAGCACAGCGCGACGACAAUUCUUGCUCGCCCAAGCGGAAGUGGGCCGGCCCUGGAUGCGAAAAAGGCGGUCGAGGGCUCGUUGCGUCUGGGAGUGGCCGAAUGAGCGGCAAGGUUGGGCCUCGACACUUGACACCAUCAAAUGCCAGCCGGCCAGGGCUGCUUUCGAGACUCGACACUCGACACUCGAGCCAGAUCAGGGGCUUGGAAGCUGGGCCAGACUUUUGCGCGGCAAUGGUUGAUGGCGGCUAUGCUGCAGCACCCGUCUCUAUUAUUAUUAAUUAUGCCUUUCCCACGUCGACGUGGUUCGCAAAGUCUGGCGAGAAAAACAAAACAAACCGCCGCCGUGGGGGAGGAACGCCCGAUCCAAGGCCACCCCCAAGGAGCUCCCUGAUCCGUGAACGAGCACAAGGUCUGGAUGACCCGGCCAAGGGCAGUCGCUUGCUCGACGGCGCCACCAAGGAAAACGACUAG